AUGGAGACAACCUUCCUCAGCGCGCCAAUCGACGUUCUGCUCGAUAGUCUUUCAGAUUCGCCUACGACGACUGUUCACGAUACAAUUGAAGCUUAUGCGUUGUUGUACAAUCGGCUUGUCUCGUUGAGACUCUACCCUAACACUGGGUUGACGAAGGAUGGAACUACCGGGGAGGGGGAUCUGGAAUCUGGGAUCGCGUAUUUGAAGAAACAUCAAGACACGCUGGUGGGAUGCAUUAAACGAGAUUUGACGCGUGUGAAGGCGUUCUUACCGCCCUCGCUCGCUCAUGUUGAAGAGAGCUAUGCAUAUACGAACCCAACGCUCACCUCAGAAGACUUGGCGGACUCGCAUACCUUCAGUUUACUGGCUCAGUAUGUCAUUCGGGUUGCGUCUUUUCUGGUGCUUUGGAGAUUGGAGGGGGAGUUGGAGGGGGAUGGGAAGGACGAAUCAGAAGGGAUGAGGACCUCUCUCUUUCGGACAAUCCUGCAGAUUGCAAGAAAACCAAACCUGUCGGUCGUCAAUGCGUUCAAGAUAUAUGCGUUGGUGUUUAAUAUGUUGGCGAGCAGGGAGAUCCCUGAGGGUAUCUUACGGCCGAGGAUUGGAGGCGUUGUGAAGGCUUUGGAGAAUGCGGUUGUGGAGGAGAGGUGUGGGGAUGUAGCGAAAGGGUACGCCUUCCAGACGAUUUAUAGAAUCCUCUCGACGUACCCAGAUACUAUACACUCGUUUAUGCAUUUGCUACCAAUCGUUCUGGCACAUUUGACAUCCCCGGAUUCGGAUAUUGCUCAAGCAGCUUUCAACGCCCUAUCCGGAUUCGCACUCGCGAAAUUCCAUCUACUCUCAAGGCAUGAGGACCCAUACGAACAACCCACCGACGACAUUCACGACAAAUUGGCCAACGAUGUACACGUAUAUCUCAAACAACAAGAUUCCCAGUCCAUCAAGAAUAGCUCUAAUGCGAGCGGAAAGGCCGGGGGAGGUGCUGGUGGACCUGAAUCCGUGCCAGAGUCGUGGCAGUCUGAGCCAGCGGCAGCGCCUAUCGCCCUCCCGGACUUGCUGGCUGCAUCUCUGAACCCACCGCCCGCACAGCCUGGAACGAGCGAACAGCAACCUCUAAGACAGCAAUCUCGAAAACUCCCCGAACGAACACAAGCGUGGACGCUAACCCUCCUCGCCUGUCUUGUCUUUUUGUCGGAUGGGACGUUGUUUGAGAAUCCGGCGAGUUUGAGGGUCGUGUUUAAGAGUUUGGAGGCUGGAGCUGGGAGGGUUGUGAGGUUGAGGAGGAAGGUUUUGCGGGAGUUGGGGCAGGUGGGGGUGAAGGGGAAGGAAGCGGAUGGAAAGGGCAAGGAAGCGGAUGGAAUGGGCGAAGAAGAGGGAGAGGAGGCGAAGGAGGGGAAGAUAAGAGAGAUGGAAAGAGAGUGGAUGGAACUUGAGAGGAUGCAUGGCGAGGUGUGGAAGAUUGCGGUUUGGUGCCUAGGGAGGAGCUGCUCCUGGCGCAGAAUUCCCGCUGGAAAAGGUGAAGCUGUGGACGGGGAGGAGAAGAAGGACGAGGAUGCGAGUACGAUGAACGAAAAGGCGAAGGAAGGAGGACCAAGAACCGAUAAAGGGAAAGCGAAGAAAAGACCUAAUGAUCCCUGGAAAGACCGGAUGGAUAGAUUCGAAAGGGCGUUCCGGAUCCUUGUGCAGGAUCUUUCGGGAGAUAGAGUAGCGACGAGUUUGGUAUCCGUGGUUAUGAAUGCUUCCCUGGACGCUCGAGGACAGGAUCGGCGUCGUUCAGAUACCAACGCAAACCCGGGACCUACGCCUCUCCAAGUCGACGAGUUUAGGAUGAAGAAUGUGGAAAGGUGUUUGAAAGUUAUGGGUGUGCUUUUCUCGUCGCCUGCUUCAAAGUCUGGUCGCCGACGCUUAGAGAAGGAAUGGAGGAAGUUGAGGGAAGGCGUGGAUGUUCUUGCGAGGGUUGCUGGUGCGAUUUCUUCACCUGUUGGGGCACUGGGUGGGCACGGUCAUGGGGUCGUGAGCGAGGAGGACGAGAGGGAUGUAUUGGAUCCGAGGAGAUUUGUUUUGGAGGGUGUGAUUGGCGAAGAAGGGGACUGUGAAGAGGAUACCGUGGAAAAGGGAGGGAACCAAGAAGAGCAACGUCAAGACAAAACCUUGCGCCGUCUAGUGAUUCCACCGCUUUCUGACUCUGAGAUUGUGGAUCAUUGGGAUGGACUCGUCGGGGUUUGGGUUGCGGCUUGUGAGAGUGUGGUAGGACUUGCUGGGUUGGAGACGGACUUGGAUAAUGCCACGGAGAGGGCCUCGGCGUUCCGCUCAGUCCUCGACGACCUCACGUCGACGUUUCAUACGCUCCUUUUGCACCGCUCGACGUUGUUGGUUUCGUCCCAGGGGAAGGUGCAGGCGAAGUUUGGGCUGGGUGGUGGAAGGCGGGGUAGAGGCGGAGGUGGAGAGAGUGGCGAGGAAGAGGAGGGUGAGGAUGACGAUGUGGGAGUUAAAGUUGCUGCUGUUGUCCGAGAGAUCUUGGUUGGCUCGACGGUGACUGUGGCAGGGGCCGGGACGAAGGAGAAACCAACCAAGGAAAUGAACCAAAUGGAACAGUGGGCGAGGUUGUUCCUGGUGAAGAAGUUGUGGAAGGUGUUUAGAAACGUGUUCUUUACUCCUGCGCCUUCUAUCUCGGUUUCGGUAUCUUCGUCUUUGGAUUUGUCGGGUGCUAGUGUCCACGGAAGGGAGGAGCUGGGUCGGGCGACCAGGAUGCGAGACAAUGACAACACAAAGACCAUGAAGACACUCGUACCCCUCGCAGAAACCUUCCUAGCCGCUCUCAUCUCUACCAAAUGGGAUCUCACUUCGUCCGAUGGGGCAGUGCGAAGCGUUUGGUUAGACCUCUGUCGAGAAUGGGCGACGAUGUGUUUAGAAUGUGGAGCGGGGAGCGGGUGUGUGCUGCUGCACGUUCUAUGUCGGGGGUCGCUUGUCGGUGUGGAGGGGGAUGGGGGUGGGGAGGUGAGGAGGGUGUUGUGGGGUGUUGUUGGAGGCUACUUGGUGCAAAGUGCGAUGCGGGUAGGGAGACGUACGGCGAGGAGGGUGGGUUGGUUUGGCUGGGUGGAGGUUGUAGAGGUUUUGUGCGUGCCUUUUGCAUCGGCCUCGGCGUCCCGUUUGUGGACUAUGAGUGAGGAAGAGCAGGAGUUGUUUGCAAGGCUGUUGGAUACUGCCGUUGAGCUGGCUAGAGGUGCGGUCUUGGAUAUCGGUGGAGGUGGUGUGGAGGUUGAAUGGGAAGUUGAGAAGGUCGUUUUGGGAGUGGUGGAGGGUGUGCUGGGUGUUGGCUGGGAGGGUGAAGGUGAUUUUGAGGGGGGUUAUGGUGUCGAUCUCAAUUCGUUCGUCCAGAGGGCUCCCGGGUGCUUGGCAACAAUAGUGGGGCGGUUGGGGAAGAUGGCGUUCAAGCCUUUCGUACGGCCUGUGGAUGAGGUGUCGACGCCGAAGAUGGGAUCAAAAUCUCUCAUGCCUCCCCCAGCAGCAAUUCCCUCUCUUACCCACUCCAGUCAAUGCCAUGGUGUCAUGAAGUUUUGCAACUGGGUCCUCUCCUCGCUGUACGCCAGUGAGGAAGAGGGGGAUAGUGCAGGGAGGAAGAAGAUCAGGUUGGGCGUGGAGGCAUUGGUUGAGCUCUUUGGUGCACUCAGGGAGAAUGUUGGCGGGCUAGGUGCUUCGAGCCCAAGGGAGGGCGGACAUAAGCAAGGUGCCGAGUGUGGAGAUGGCGGGCUUGUAUCACUCCUGCGCAUCUUUGCGCCGACUCUGACGAUGUGGCUUGAAGAUCCUAUGGGAGCUUUGAGUGCAAAGGAACACUGCGUCUUGGUUGAACAAGUGUAUACCCCGCUUUUGGAGUUCGUCUCGCAUCAUCUACGGAGGGGGGAGGGAGCAGAAGGCGAAGGUGGUAGUGAUAAGACAGACAAAAUGAAGGAGGUUCUGGACGUCCUGGAGGACGUGAUCGUUGCAACGUUUAUGAGGGAUGUUGCGGGAGGACCAGAAAUCCCUCGAGGCGACCCGUUGGAUUUCAUUGGGUCCUCUCUUGAACUUUCGAAUUCUCUCGUCUCUGGCCCUCAUCUCUCUGGCCCUGUUUCCUCAAAUCCCGCCGGCUCUCCUCCCUUCAGCCGCAGUUCUCGGUCGGGAAUCGCAAUCAAUGUUACCCCUUCGAGCCAUGUAUCCCGAUUGUUGGAGGUGGCUGUCACGCCCUCCCCCGAGCGUGGGGGACAUGAAAACUCUCGGUCCCAGUUCUUCUCUCCUCAUCAAUCCAACCCGUUCGAACCCCUUUCUGCGUCGGGACUUUCACCGCCUCCUCCGAACCAGCCCCCUCCGCCAAGCUCCAACUCGAACGGCCACCCCGUCAAUGCACCAGAACCGCCGAGUUCAGUAUCCAUCGCGCUUGCUGCCCAGGCGCUCUCUUCCUUCUGGCGUAGCGCGGGGUACCACCACCUCCCCCCUCAGGUUAAGAGGGAGAUUUGCCCGGAGAUGUUGGUGAUGUGUUUGAAAGCUUGUAGUGAUGUUUUGGAUGGGGAAGGGAGUUUGGGUGAGGGUGUGAGUAUUGGAGGUGGGUUUAGUUUGGAGUCGGUUGGGAGUAGUCAGGGCGUUGGGAGUAGUCAAGGAGUUGUGUCACCUUCGUCUUCGAGUGUUGUACCCGAUUCGCAGCCUAACCAAGGUGGAGGAGGGGCGACCUCGAUUUGGUCGCCGUUUAGGUCGUUGGAGUCUGAUUCCACGGGAGGGAAGAGUGGAGGAGAUGGGUACUCGAGGUUUGCGGAUUUGGCCGGUAUGGAGGGGUACCAUCUCGUUGGCGUUGGACGCAGCAACACAGGACAAGCGGGUCCUGGUGGAGACGAUUCUGGGGAACAGGACGUCCGUAUGGAGGAGCGCUCGACGAUACCUCAACCCCUACCGCCUAGACGGACAACACGAGGAUUAGCAGAGCUACGCGAGUAUGAAAGCACGAUUGGUGGAGGUAGCAGCUGCUUUCAUGCUGGCUCGUCGAUGCUUGUCGAUCCAAUGGGCGGGGAUGAGGAGGAUAGUGGUUGUCACGAGGGGACGGGGGAGCCGGAGGAAGCGGGUGUCGACGAGGCAGAUGCCGAGGGAUCGUUUUUGCGGGAUGUAAAGAAGAGACUUUUCGCCGAGGACUUGCUGGAGAUCGGGGAUCAGAGCAGUGGGAUGCAAUCGCCUCCUCCACCGGCACAACCGCCUGUUGAAGGUAGUCGGCCGCUGAAGAAACGACGCACGAUGUCUGAGCCUUAUGGCAGCCACGGCAGCUACAACGCCAGCAUUUCGGUAUCGGUUUCGAUGUCGAUGUCGAUGCCUACUCCGUCAUCGUCUUUCCCUCGAACCAAUCGCGGCCCUUCGGGAAAUGCUUUGACGCCUUCGGUUUCUGGUGCUGAUGUUUCCCGUCCGGCGAUGCGAAGAUCCAAGACGACUCCGCCUGCCAGGUCCUUGCUGAGGAUGGUAGAGGAAUCGGGAGUUGGGUUGAGCUCCAGAAGUGGUUUGGGACAGGGCGGCCAGGAUGUGAAUGACAGCCACAAAUAUGACGAAGGCAAAAUCGUUAAUCAAUACGACCGCGAUGACCGCGACGUUACCCGAAACGACAACGAAUAUGAUCACGAAUUAUUGGAGACGACGGGUGGUUUGGGACCUCCCGAUGGCGAGGACCAGGGGUCAGCAGCGGAUGAUGGUGAUUUCGAUUCAUGGGAGGCGAGUUUGGAGGUGGAGGGUUUGAAGGAGCUUCAUAGGGAGAUGAUGAUGGACGUGGACGGGGAGGGCGAAGACUGUGUGCUGGCCGCAGGUGGCGGGCAUCUUGAUGGUCCCGAUUCUCCCGAAAUACCUGUUCCCCGUGCUCAUUCUCGCGGAGAGCCCAGCGUUGGUGACGAUGAAGAGGACGACAUCGAAGUUGACGAGUCUAUGACCCGACCACCUCCGGGCGCUCUUGUCAAACCGAAAGGAAAAUCACUGUUGACAAAGCUUGGAAAGGACGGCUCGGAUGAGAUUGAAGAAAUCGAACACGAUUCGAUCGAGAGUCCCUUGUUCUCGUUGGAGUCUCAGCAGAGGGUUCAACGGAAAGAGAUCAUCCAUCAUCCUCAGCAGUCGCGUCGACGGGAUCGGUCGCAGACGGCUCCUGUAUUGCAGUUUAUUAACAGGUCUCCAUCGCCUAUUGCAAGAGCGGGUCCUUCUAGCUUGGGGAAGGGUCGUGUUCAUGUCCCUCGUGCUGACCCGAAGCCAUUGCGACGUUCCAGGACCUCUACCUCCUCCAUCUCUUCAUCAUCGUCAUCGAAUCGGGACGGUGCCGCUUCCAAAGCAGCAAGAUCAAGUGGGGAACUGCAACGACAUCCCUCGUCUCAGCUUCUGGCUCUAGAGACAAUUUACACCAAUCUCGUAUCGGCGAGUGAUCCGCUUGGCGUUGAAGGUGCCGCUGUGUCACAGAUUCCUGAUGAAGAAUUGGGCGAGGCGAAGAGAAUUGCGAGUAGGAUUCGAGGUGUGUUGGAGGAAAGGGUUUUGGAUAAGUUGGAGAGGAAGGCGAAGAAGGGUGGUGGGUGA